GUGAAGGCAGCGACAAAGAAAUGCGUUUCUGGUCGCACUUUCAAGCACAUAAUCGUUAAUCAUUCUUUUCUGUAGACAUUGCAAUAUAAGCUUAACUGCAGCUGUCGUCCCAUGCCUGAAGCUGCUGCUUUAGAACUGCGCCCCCUAGCGAGAUACAGCAUGGCUGCAUCGCAUUGAGGAUAAAAGCUCCAUCAUCCUCCUGCGAGACGAGCAUCGUUUUGGUGGAGCCAGGGCAUUCUCCCAGCCCACGAUAUACACUCAUGACUACCGACUAGGGUCGCUCAGUAACCCACAAUCAAAGGGAUAUAAGGACAGUAUUAUGGCGAAACACCGUCCAGAAAGAGACAGCUGGGGUGAGUGGUCCCUCAGUGAUAAAAAUGUCUAUGAUUGGAGCUCAGAGGAGGAGGAGCCAGACGGACGAGCUCGGCCCAUCCAAGUGCUGCUGGUCAAAGAUGACCACACCUUUGAGCUGGAUGAGGCGGCGCUGAGUCGCAUCCUGCUGUCUGAGGAGGUCAGAGAUCGUGAGGUGGUGGCCAUCUCCGUGGCCGGGGCUUUCCGGAAGGGCAAGUCUUUCCUCAUGGACUUUAUGCUGCGUUACAUGUACAACCAUGCGUCUGAAAACUGGCUCGGCAAUCCAGAAGAACCUCUGACCGGCUUCUCCUGGAGGGGCGGCUCAGAGAGGGAGACCACCGGGAUCCAGAUCUGGAGCGAGGUCUUUCUGGUGGACAAACCAGACGGAAGAAAGGUUGCUGUGCUGCUAAUGGACACGCAAGGCACAUUUGACAGCCAGUCGACGCUGAGGGAUUCAGCCACUGUGUUCGCCUUGAGCACCAUGAUAAGCUCCAUGCAGGUUUACAACAUCUCACAGAAUGUGCAAGAGGACGACCUUCAGCACUUGCAGCUUUUCACUGAGUAUGGAAGACUAGCUAUGGAGGAGACUUUCCUGAAACCAUUCCAGUCCAUGAUUUUCCUGGUUCGAGACUGGAGUUUUCCAUAUGAGUUUCCCUAUGGACAGGAAGGCGGCAUGAAGUUCCUCGAGAAGAGACUUAAGAUCUCAGAGAACCAGCAUGAAGAGCUGCAGAAUGUGCGGAAACACAUCCACUCCUGCUUCACCAACAUCUCCUGCUUCCUGAUGCCUCACCCUGGCCUCAAAGUGGCCACCAACCCACACUUUGAUGGGAGAAUCAAAGAGAUUGAUGGUGAGUUUAUAAACAACCUGACGGUCUUGGUCCCCUGGCUCCUCAGUCCUCGCAACAUCGACGUGAAGGAGAUCAACGGCAGCAAAAUCACGUGCAGAGGCCUGCUGGAGUAUUUCAAGGCUUACAUCAAAAUUUACCAAGGCGAGGAGCUGCCACAUCCAAAGUCAAUGCUACAGGCCACAGCUGAGGCAAAUAAUUUAGCAGCUGUUGCAGCUGCAAAAGAUCUGUACAACAAGAAAAUGGAGGAGGUCUGUGGAGGUGAUCGGCCUUUCCUCGCCCCCAGUGAGCUGCAAGCCCGACAUAGCGCCAUCAGAGAGGAGGCGCUGCAGGUGUUUAAGGGUGUGAAGAAGAUGGGAGGUGAAGAGUUCAGCCGGCGCUACCUGCAGCAGCUGGAGGGAGAGAUCGACGAGGUGUUCGUCCAGUACAUCAAGCACAAUGACUCCAAGAACAUUUUCCACGCAGCCCGCACGCCGGCCACACUGUUCGUGGUCAUCUUUGUCAUGUACGUAGCCGCGGGUAUCACAGGCUUUGUGGGCGUGGACAUCAUUGCCAGCUUGUGCAACAUGAUCCUCGGCCUGGCACUGAUCACUCUGUGCACCUGGGCUUACAUCCGAUACUCUGGGGAAUAUCGAGAACUCGGUGCCGUCAUUGACCAGGUUGCUGGUGCGCUGUGGGACCAGGGGAGCACAAACGAGGCUCUCUACAAGCUGUAUAAUGUAGCAGCCAAUCAUAGGCACCUGUAUCACCACGCCUUCCCCGGGCAUCAGGUGGAGGAGGUGGCUGAGGAGCAGGACAAGAAGAGGGACUGAUUAGUUCAAAGACAGAACAUGUCAGAGAUUUCCUCGUGAUGGACCGAGGGAGGAAGCGGAGGAGGAGGAAGGCAGAUGAAUGCCCUCAUCCAUCAGGCACUCUUUAACUCUGGUACUGGCUGCUGCAGCAAGCCACUACUGGUCGUUCACUUCUUUAACCCUUAUAACGGACUGUUUAAUGUUCAUGCAUAUGCCGAGAGCAUCUCCUCAGUGGGUGGCUGCUUCUAAGCAUUGGAUGCAAUGUGUCAUGGUCUUUCACCUUUAGUUCGUGCAGCAAACACACCUGUACAAAUACCGCGGGCACUCUGCUGGAGGAGACUGCUGUUUAUUUCUCAUCGAGCGUUUAUUUUUAUUUUUUUCUCCAUCAUUCGUCACUGACAAUGAUUUUUAAAGUAUAUUCAAAUCUGUGAAACCCCCAUUUGUGACAAUUGUUCUGUUCUUUGAAGUUUUAGUGUUGUUUAUAAGGAACAAUAUCUAUGACCUGCAAUGUUUGAAAGACAAAAUAUGUACUGUAUAUUAAAUAAUGAGGCGUUACAAACAUCAUCAGCAUGGUAAGUGGUUAAUGUCUGUCAUCUUUAAGCUCUAAAUGCAGGUAUACUUUAUAAAAAAAUAGCUGAAUGGUUGUGACUAACUGGUAUUGUGCCAUAACAUGUAAAAAAAAAAAGAGAAAAAAAAGAUUUCUCACCUGCUGCAGCCUGGCUACAUGCAGACACUCCAUGGCACACGAGUUAGUUUUAGGGUUUGGUGUAUCUGUGUGCUACGGCACUGGUGGGAGAGACAAAAGUUUACAUAACAUAGCCGACAUUAUCUCACUUUAUAGUCUGCUUGCAGUUUUGUAAUCACGCAUCAUCCCAGUGAUCGUUAUAUGUGCGUUUGGCUUUUGAGGUUUGGGAGGAAAGAGCAAGGUUAGGUUUCCAUUGUGAUGUAGUUGGGGGGGCGGGGGCUGCCGAAGCCAUUGUUGUGUGUUUCACUGAAUGUUCGAGCAAAUCCGAGGAAUGUAGCUAUUCUGUGGCCACCGGGGGAAUCAAAGCUAGAUGCUAUUAGGCGUGGCGACAGGCCUGCUUUGGAAACGGAGCCUCAUUCCACAUCUCUUUCAUCAUCUUCUCACACUUAAACCGAAUCAUCUGUGCAAAACUGCUGCAUGGUGAAAGAGGCUUUUCGUGUUUCCACAACAGCUUGCAUUUUUAAACAAAAGGCUUGUAUCGGUGAUGGCUCUUUUUUGGUGUUUGAAUACUUCGGCUUAGUAGACUGUUACUGUAUAUUUGUACAACUGCGGUCACUGUUUUAACUCCUUGAGUCACUGCGCUGUAAAAUGUCUGCAUCACAUACAAAGCUGCAGCAAAACUUUUCUAUGUCUUUUUUCUUUUUCUUCCCCCCUCCCAUUUAGAUCUGCUCACCAACCGUACAGGAACACUGUCAUGCAUAUUUAGCAAGUUUAUAGUGAGGUUCGACCUCAAGGGUUGAAAAUUUAAAGGCACUGCAGCAGAGUGGCUUCUAGAGUCUUCCACAAUCUAUAAUCAACAUCAGCGAGGCCUUCACACAAAGAACCAUCCAAGACCAGUUUAAGAUUCGUGAUGUUCUGAAAUCCCUUUCUAUUUCAUGACUAUGUUUUUGGGUGUUGUGUCCAUUAAGAAGUCAGAAGAACAGUAUUUGUUUACACUGUGUUGGAAUAUCUCGUCUGUGAGACAGAGCUUUUCUUUCAUUCCUAAAGCAUCACCUCUCAAUGUGGUGGGAGGACUGAAAGGUCAAAUGAAUCAACCUUUUUUUGUGAGCUCCUUCAAAUUGACUCUGCUUAGUUUUCAGCACACGCAUUGCAAAAAAAAUUCAGUUGCAAAGAAAAGACCUAAUAAAGAUGGA